AGCUCAGCAACCUCAUGACCAUCAGCAGCCAUUCCACGCCUCACGACCAUCUCCAUACGAUGCAAAAUCCAAACUGCCACCUAUCCUUUGACUGAAUGAUAGCUCUCGUACCUCGCCUCGCGAUCCCAUUGGCACGAUGUUCUCCCCAUCAACAACUCAGGCUCCCUCUGCCUCCGUGCGAAGUAGCAGGCGACGGCAACGCCCCCUUUCGAACGAGGGCUCUAUAUCACAACCCAAGGCGAAACGACAGCGGAGCGCCCUGAGCGAUCAUACUUUCGUGCCUCCCGAUGGCACCUCUGAAAAGGAGGAGGCCAAGACCCAUAAAGCAACGUCAAUCACCAGGCGCGACGCUUCGCGAGAAAUUCAAGGUCCACGGCGGGAAAUUGCUGUUCGGGGGAAGAAGCCGAAAUCUGGAGAUCGAGGCAGCAAAGGGGAUGGGAGCGUUAUUUUGACUACGAACGAUACCUAUACUGUCAGCAAGCUGCCAGCCCUUCCAGAUCGUCUGCGAACAGAUACCAGAGGUCGCCAACAUGGAGCCAUCUAUUCCGACAGUGGCUACGCUCUUACCCUCACUCAUUCUCACGCCAUUGUCUGGCCGUACGCUGUUAAUGUGCCCUCGCCCGAAACUUUUACAUUCGCACUGCCUUAUCCCUCAAAGCAUGAAUCUGACCCUCUGCCCCUUGGUUCCUUGGUCUCCGCUUCAGCCUCUUCUACCGAACCUGGACUUGUCGUAGUCUUUCCAACCACCGGUAAAAUCACAUACUGGGAAUCUAUUGCUAGUGCGGCUACACUAGAUCUGAUCCGGCAGCAGCGAAAUGGUGUCGAGUUAUCCAUCUCAGGCAUGUUGUCAGGGGAAACAGUGAUUCAGAUACUGAAUGCCGAAUCAGCGGGUUUUAUCCUGGCAUUCAGCAGUGGCAGACUUGCAUACAUGAGUGUAAGAGAUGGACAAGGCCGACCAGCAAUUUCUGUACAGUUCCUUCGAAGCAGCAGUGGACCCAUUAGCGGUGGUAUUUUUGGCAGCCUCCGAAAUGCUUUAAGUAGCUCCGCAUGGCGCGGGGACAUCGCAGCUGUGCGAGCGGGACGGCCUGAGAAGGUUGGUGAGAGAAACAUAGUGGUCGCGACGACGAAGGGAAAGCUACAGUCCUGGAACAUACAGAGAGGAGGCCACAACUCGCUCCAAGCAGAGGCAGAAGGGCGGGAGGCAAUAGUCAUGGCUAUAAAGGAAGCACAGCCAGCUUUGGCCGACCUUCUUUUGGAGUCUUUCGAAGUCCUAGACUUCACCUACACUCCAAAAUCGCUAGCGGACACCCAGCUCAGUGACCAAGAGAACGAUGGGAAGCACCUUCUUCUCCUGGUUUCGUUGACUGGCCAUCAAAUGGCACACUAUUCUCUGGUUGAGGUUGUGCUCAAGCAGGAGGGACUCACCAUUGGAAACAUUCGCCCUAUCAAUUCAUAUAAAACACCGGUUUCUCGGAAUGCCACCUCGAAAACCCGACUUUAUCUACCAAGUCCAGCACUUGUAGCAUAUGUCGUCUUUGAUCGAGCCGUUGUCGUGCUCUCGAUGGCGAAACAACAGGACUCUCCAGAUUCACAGCUCCUAACUGAGAGUCAUAUCCAGCCACAAGCGUUCGAAGAUGUAGUGGAUUUCCGCGGGGAUAUGGAUGUAGAAAUUGUUGGGUCUGGAAUGGAAGAGCCCCACGGACCAUCAAAUGGAAUUGAGGAGUCGAAGUCACGCCGUCAUAAAGCCAAGCAUCCAGCCGCCGUGCUUAUUGUUCGAGGCGGAGGAGUUGUUCGGGUCGCAGCAACAGAUAUACCCAAGCUUAUCUCCAGCAACGCGCAGCAGGUUACAGCUAAAAGCAAGUUGGAACAAGCAGUGUUUUUUGGAACCCUGGAGCAAAACCCCCUUAGUUUUGCCGUACGGUCCGAGUUACAGUUUCCGGCGGAGGAAGUUGGUGCAGCAGCUCUGGAAUUAAGUGGUGAAAUCUUGAAGUCUCAGACCAAAUUGAUACCUGCUAUGCCCGCAUCUAUCGACAUGAAUCUUCGGAAGCGUGCGGCUGCGCUGCAACAUCUUGCCGAACAUUUAAAAGCGACUGGUGUUGCUUUGGACCGGGCAACGAGAUGGAGACUACUUUGGAACGCCGAAAAGAUGGAAGCUGCAUUGCUCAUCUGGAAGAACUACGAUGAGAGCGUUAAAACGAAACCAGAAGGACAAAAGCGUGGGCUCCUCACAGAUAUUGUUGAAUCUAUCCACGAAAAUUACAAGUCGCAACCAGUUGCUGAGGCAGGCGAGCUUGACCGUGUUCGUCAUUGGUUCAUCAACGACAUAUGGAACCUCGAGAUAGCUAUCCCUUGGGCUUACCAAGUGAUCAAGUACACUUUUCAAGAUGGCCAGAAUGACCAUAAUUAUGUCAUGUCAAUACUUAGUGAAGCCAACGACCUCGUUAUCAGUGCGUUGGAGGGAGCUUUCCGUUUCCGAACUGCCAAUCUAGACCUAUACGGUCUCCAAGAUGAGCAACUUGAACACGGGAUAUUAAAAGCGAAUUACGAAGGACUCCCGGAGUUUUGGACUUCGAUAAUAUAUCUUGUAACGAAUGCUAGGAAGCAGGCAGAGCUGGCAGGUGCUCUUGUGAAACAUUAUAUGCGGAACGAAGAGAAAGCCGAGCUUGAUUCGGUUCUAGUCGAAAAGAUUCGACGCGAAAACUCAUCUCUUAUCGACCUGGCUAUUCGGACCAAUCUCGAGCGGAUGCGUUGGGACUUAGCCCAAGAUUCCCCCCAGCAGCAGAUAGAGGCAGAAGAGAUCAGGGCAUUGCAAACUUCCGCUCAAGAUGAACAAAUCACUGUGCUUGCUACAGAACUUGAGCUUCCGGACGAGGCCAUUGCUUUAGCAGAAAAGCAUCAGAUCAUGCCAACCCUUGCGUCGGUUGUGAUCCUGGAGCUGAAUGAAUGCGCAGAUAGGAUCAGGGAUACUGAAAUCGCGAGGGAAGACUUCGAAUUAUGGGGAAAUCGGAUGAUGUCUCUUCAGGAAAAUAUCAAGGGGUACUUCUCGAGGUUUGGAACCAGUUGGGCCAGUGCGUUUUACGAACAUGAAAUUGAGAUUGGAGCAAUGGCACAACUGCUCGAUAACUAUCCAGAGCAACAAAAAUAUCUGACAGCAUUCUUGCGGAGCAAGCCAGAAUACUCGAAGCUCUCAUGGAUUCAUGAAGUCACACGAGAGGGAGACGUUGAUCAUGCCUCCGAGACGCUUCUUGACCUCGGUCUGAAGCGCGAACAAAACGUAUGGAGCAAGAAGAUUGAGCUCAGCUUGGGUAUAUUGGCCCGUGUGGCAGGUCGGAACUAUAGUCAAACCAAUGGAAUCCUCAUUCCUGAUGGUGGGCAGACAGAGCUUGUUGCUGCUCGAAAGGAACUCGGUCUCAUCCAGAUCCAGGACCAGGUUUACGAACAUGUUUAUCCUUCCAUUGAAGAUGCGAUCGACGACAAUGCAGAGGUGCAGCUUGCUCUGGAAGCCUAUGGCAACAAAGGUUUAAUGGGGCAGAAGAGGAGUUCAUUGCUUUUAAAUAAAAGCAUGGGUCAUCUCAUCAGGCACGAGGCAAUGGAUGCUUUGACCUUGGUGGAUCUUCUUACCCUUAUGGGCAGCAAUGAGAAGUCCGAAGAACAAGAGUCUUUCCGCGGUCUCCAAUUCUAUCUCGCUCUCCAAGCUACACGCUACGGACUUGUGGACAAGGACGAACAAGUACUGAUGCAACGGGUCAUAUGGCGAAGGUGCAUGUUGAGAGAUGACUGGGCAGAGAUCAACAAUACGGAUCUGAAAUAUGACCAGCAGGUCUCGGAGCAAUUAAGUAAGACGGCUCUGUAUAUGACUUUCAGAGCUUGCUUCAAGAAUGGCCUUUUCGAAAAGAACUCGAGUGUGAAGCCUAUGAGCCCGCUGGAUGUCCUUGGAGCCUGUACCGAGGAACUGGACCAUCGGUUCGAUGGACUGGACGCGGGUAUGAGGGACGAGAUCAUGAAGGACAUGCAGAUUGAGGAUGAGACAUUAAAGCCGUACAUAGAAAGAUGUAGGCUGGACAAAUGGUUUCAAGGGGCGCUAGAUCUUGCCAAACAGGAUUUCACAGAAGACGUCGAAGGCCAGACAGAUGACGGGGAUAAGAUGCUCAGCGCAGCCCAACGGCUACGGGAAAUUGAGCAGGAAAUUGCGGAGAAGGAGAGGAGGACGGCCGAGAGCUUGCUUCAUUCUAAACCACGAUACAAGCCCAAGCAAAGGCUUGAUAGCAGCACGGGCAGAUUCCGAAGCUCGACGAGAUAUUGAGCUUUGCUAUGAAUCAUCUACAUAUCUAUGAAAAGUUUCCUGGAACUCGGCAGGCGCAUUAGGGAGUCAUUAGCAUAGGGAACAGCACAUACAUGAAUUGUAUGUGUGUAUUUGUUUGUGAACUGUACAGUUAUUCUCAAGAAAUGGAACAAGAUGAUGACCGCCAACAACAUUGAUUGGCUGGGGAAAAUAUACUCUGUU